AUCUUGUACACCUCUGUGAUACCAGUAACGUCAGAUUCUUCCCAACAUGGUGUCGCAGAAGAUGCCUCUGGAUUCAAAGUUUGCCGCACUGCUGGUGCUCUACGUUGGCUGUGUAUCCCCAUUUCUCCUACAACCUGAUGACGGUUGCCCAGCGUCUUACCCGUGUCGCUGUCGAGGGGACAGUAUUCAAUGUGGUCAAGCCCAGCUCAAAACUAUCCCCACCUUUACUCCAUCACACAAGUCAUGGACCCUCUUCCUCGACUACAACAGCAUCUCUGUUAUUCCAGAUAAUGCAUUCAAGAACAUCAAAAUCAAAGAAUUAAUCAUGGACACGAUGAAUCUAUUGAAGCCUGUCACCAUUUCUAAUAACGCCUUCCAAGGACAAGAAGCAACCUUGAACAAACUUAGUAUGGUAAACUGUGGACUGACCUCUCUUCCUCCAGCUUUCAGAAAGCUCAAUGCCCUCACUGACCUGGCUCUCGAUGGUAAUGCCAUUUCCCAGUGGGACGACACUGCCAUGAGGACACUCGGGAGGGGCCUGACUAGAUUCAGUGCCAGGUCCUUCUCGGGAACGUCUUACGCGUGGCCUCGUCAGUUUGCUUACAUGAGAAGACUUGAAUUCCUGGAUCUAUCUUACAGUCCGCGUUUUGUGCCAGAUUUGGACAAGUUCGUUGUUCUCAAUGACACUCUUACAAAGUUAAUUUUAACCAGUAUGGGGAUGACUGAGGUGCCGGACGUUUUGAAACAUCUUCCAAAGCUGACGGAAAUAGAUAUGGGUGAAAAUAAACUAACGGAAAGAAGUAUCAAGACGGAUUCAUUUACUUCUCAAUCUAAACUCCAGUUCCUUACAAUCUCCUACAAUCAGCUCAACGCGAUGCCAGAUGGGCUAUCAAAUCUGAAGACUGUCACCUACCUGGACAUAAGCGGGAACCCAAUGACCACGAUGGAUACCUCGAAGCUUCCCACGGGUAUUGUACGCUUGAUUGCAAACCAUGGUAACUUGAAAACGAUCCCUGCAAAUCUUCAACGGUUGACGAAGUUGGAAGAGCUUAACAUGUACACCAACCACAUCACAGCUAUCGGUGAGAAGGACAUCAGUCAUCUGCCCAAUCUUAAAACAGUCUUCUUGGGGCAAAACUAUUUGACCUCACCCUUGUCUGCCAAUGCGUUAAAUGGUGACACGAAUCUUGAACAACUCUCUUUGGAGUUCAACAGGCGUAAUAAUGUAACGUUCUCCUUCUCUAUUAUCCGCUCCUUACCGAAGCUGCUGUACCUGACGGUGGAGCACCCAAGAUGCACGUGUUCCGCUGAUGUGCCCCAGUGGUGGAGUGGGCUCACAAAGAAGCCGGACCUGUCAGGACACUGCCUCAACACCUCCAAAAGGAUGAAGGACUUGCUGACAACCUGUCAACCUUAGAUAUUCCGCAAAGCUUUUGCGCAGGUUCUUGUGAUAUCAUGUUCAGAAUAAAUAUCUUGUCUUCCCCAG